AAUAAUAUAAGGGUUAUUAGCUGUCGAAACGAGCAGUGAAUACAGAUGAGAGCGGUGUCUGGAUAGAUUUUUCUUUUGUUAAAAAAUUAAAAAGAGGAGGAAAAAUAGGAAAAAGAGAUUUACCAAUGUACCAGCUUGAUCCGAAUUAAUGCAAAAGCUUAAAUCCCUUUUUGGGAAGAAACACAAUGAAAUUUCCAGUUGAGAAUCCAAGGAAACAAGUGAACUGGGAGUCUGAGCCAGUGGCGAUACAGACGAACAUGGCUGCCCCAAAGAAAGUUCAGCCUGGUGCUGCACAGGCCACCCUGGUCCAGGCCAGCGUGGCUGCCAUCCAGAACCCAGUAGGAUAUGAGCUGAAGGGAAAUGACCACUGUCUUCUUCCCCGGCUGUCCAUCUCCUCUCGUUCGGCCAGCAUUGUGCCAAACAUGGAUGCUGGGGCAGACGGCUCAACCAUUCACUCAGUCAUGAAGUGGAAGACAGUGCUGGCGGUGUUUGUGGUUGUGGUGGCGUACUUGGUGGGUGGCGGACUGGCGUUCCAGGCUCUGGAGCAGCCCUUUGAGAGUGAUCAAAAGAACACCAUCACCCUGGAGAAGGCCUCGUUUCUCCAGAGGAACCCUUGUGUGUCCUCUGAUGAGCUUGAAGCUCUAAUUAAGCAUGCAGUAGAUGCGGUCAGUGCUGGUGUGAGUCCUAUUGGAGACACGUCCUACAACUCCAGCCACUGGGACCUUGGUAGUGCCUUUUUCUUUGCUGGAACCGUCAUUACCACAAUAGGCUAUGGGAACAUCGCACCAAGCACUGAGGGCGGCAAGAUCUUCUGCAUUCUCUACGCCAUAUUCGGCAUCCCUUUGUUUGGGUUCCUGCUGGCUGGCAUUGGCGAUCAGCUAGGCACUAUUUUUGUUAAGAGCAUUUUAAAGGUGGAGCAAAUUUUCAGGCAGAAACACAGACAGAUUAGUCAGACCAAAAUUCGCGUCACCUCCACCAUUCUCUUCAUCUUGGCGGGGUGCAUUGUCUUUGUUACCAUUCCAGCCUUCAUCUUCAAACACAUUGAAGGCUGGACUGCGCUGGAGGCCAUCUACUUUGUUGUUAUAACCCUCACAACUGUUGGCAUUGGAGAUUAUGUGGCAGGUGGGGACAGAAGGAUCGAAUACAAGAAGUGGUAUAAGCCGUUAGUUUGGUUUUGGAUCUUGGUGGGUCUGGCGUAUUUUGCUGCAGUUCUGAGUAUGAUUGGGGACUGGCUAAGAGUGCUUUCCAAGAAGACUAAAGAGGAGGUCGGUGAGUUUAAGGCUCACGCUGCUGAAUGGAAGGCUAACAUGCGAGCAGAGCUCCGAGAGACACGCCGGCGUCUUAGCGUGGAGAUCCACGACAAGCUGCAGCGGGCGGCCACCAUCCGCAGCAUGGAGCGCAGGCGGCUGGGCCUGGAGCAGCGAGCUCAUUCCCUGGACAUGCUGUCCCCCGAAAAGAGGGCGGUCUUCGCCAGCUUCGACAGAGGCCGCUUUAAGACAUCCUCGCAGGAGAGCAUCGAUACCAAGCUCAACAACCUACGUCUGAAGACUGAGCAAUACGACAAACCAGGCGGCCAGCAGGCUUCUUCAGACGAGAACAUCUUCAACCGCUUUGGCUCUCUCACCAAGCUGGCCAAGCGCAACAGAACCAGAGAACAGAGCAGGAACAUCUCAGAAGACACACUCCGGCCCAGAGCCUGCGAGGCGCUCAGCAGCAACAGCAGCAACACCACGCUGGCGGAGGAGAGACACGAGGCAGAGGGUGAAGAGGGUGAAGAGGAGGAGAUGGUGGAGAAAGAAGAAAACACUGCCUUCACCAGUCUGCCCCCAUACGCCAAGCAGCUCAAGCAGCAGCAGCAGAACGGGUUUGUGCCAGCUCAGGCCAAAGAAAGAGAGAGUGACAGAAUGCUUUCAGAGGUAGAACAUCAGCCAUAAAAAAAGACAAACAUGCUAUUUUUUUUACGGGAGGCGAGUGAAUUAGUAACGCCACAGAAUGUGCCUUUCUGUUUAGUAUGCUAUGGCUCGACUUCGUCAGGUGAAAAUUACCCGAUAUCCACUACUCCCAAGUGAGAAAUUACAUGUUGGUUGCCAAAAAUGUGAGUUGGUGGAAUUUUUACAGAAUUCCACUCGAAUACACUGAUCAAAAACAUAUUUAUGAAAAUAGCUGCACCCAGAAGAAAGUGUUGGAUUGCAAUUCAAUUCAGAAGGAAGAUAAAGAUUAGCAGGACCAAUAAAUUAUUAAAUAAUUGGACUGAUAUGAGCAGCUCUUCUUUAUUGAGCUAUUCAUAUAAAAGAUAACAUACCGUGUGUGUAAUACAACAUGCCAAAUGUCGAGAUUUCUAUUGAUAUAAUGCAUCUAACACAUUUUCAAUCAGAGUUAGGUCUGAUGAAAUGGCUGGCCAUGUGUAUGUGCAAGGGAAGCUUUUGAGGACAAGUUGUCUUGUUGGACUGGAGUGUGUUUUAAUAAGAAAAGGUAGGAUCACUGGUUGCAGAACCUCAAUGGGAGGUCAAACUGCCUGUAAUAAGGACCAAUAGUGAUGCCACACCGUGACAUCUUUGUGCUGACCACAGUACCUCCCCACUUGGAUUCGCUGGUCAGCUCCAUCAAGUGUGAAACAUCACAGAUGACCCUCUGCCAAUCUGAGUCACUCCACGAAAGUCUGGCAUGACUAUCCACCAAGUUUCCUUUCUGUCAGUGGAUUCCUUUUGGGUGCAACUAUUUUUGUGACGAUGAGUGUGUUAAGCAUGCUGUGUAUUUUUUACAUUGUUCUGGGGCCAGAGACUCUAAAGCCUGAUGUGGCUUACACUGCUUUGUGUGUAAGUGCUUCAAAGAAGGAGUGAGACAAAGACUUUAAAGCAGCCAUAAUCAACCAACUGUUCCUGCUGCCAACUCCUAGUCACUUUGUGUCCCAGUGGACCUGGAUGUACGUUUACAGAGUACAAAUCACAGACUCAAUUAGUACCUGUUCAAUUAGUACCUGUUCACAAUUUAGUUCAACUCAUGAACUAAAUGAGAACAAAUGAGAAGACAAUAGGAGGUCUUUGACUGUAUGUAAUCAGUUUUGAUCUGAAUUAUCACGGAUGAAAGUGUGAUAUGCAUGAUUUGGUUUAUUAAUCAAUAUACUGUAUUUAAAUAUUAAUCAGCAAGAUUAAACCAAUACUGAUAAACAAUUAUUAUCUAAACGAUGCAUAAAGCUGAGCAACUGUGAAAAAUGUUAUUUGAAUGCAUCAUUGCACCAGAUGGUGUGUUUACAUGCGAAUGUGGAAAUGCCAUAGACUGUCUGUCCACCUGCCUGUCUGAGUCAAGAACGGUUUGUCUUGUGUCCACUUUAUGCAUCACACACUUCAUUUUGAUCAAAUCUAAAAUUGGUUCAUCCUGAACAAAUACAUAUGUCACAUCCUGGACUGACGCACAGUUUCUGAUGUCAUUCAACAUUACUUUUUGUGGCUUUUUUUUCAAACGUAUCUUUCCUAAAUUAUUUUCUAGUUAAGUUACUGCCAUUUUCUAGGUAAUUACUGCACAAUAUACUGUACAAUCACAUGCCACAUGUCAUGGGUCUGGAACUAGUAUUGUUUCUCAUGGAAGCUAAAGAACACAUACACUGACCUGCAGGACCUGCACUGAUUGCUGGUCACGAUUAUUACCAUCCACUGUUGGGAGCCUAUGAUUGUGUUUGGCCUUUUAUUAUGUUUACUGGUACACAUGUGAAUGUUAAAUGUCCUACACAACUUUUAAAAAUAACUGUCCCAUCCAUCUGGCUCCCAAUAUCGAGCCUUACAUGAAGUUCAAUAAUUCAUUGCCUUACCAUGAAUACAUUGGCAAUUCCUGAGCCUCACUUAUACAGGUGCGGGCAUUCCCAACCACCCACUGAGGUAACAUAAGUUGAUACAUUUUUAUACUGCCAUCCCAUGAUAUUUGGCAUGUCAACUUAGAUGUUGUUCUUUCAUUUACUGGACAUUCCUCUUAAGUGGUUGAAACUAGAAUGUGCCUCUUUCAUACAGUUUCAAGCCAUUGUCUUAGAUGCUAUCCACACAGUAUUGUUGGGAUAUCUAAUUUUCUUAAAAAUCUCUUGAUGAAUUUUAAGCCCAAAUUAAUUUCCAAAUGGAGUGGCCUUCUGCUGAUGAAUGUAGAGACACACCCUUGGUCACAAAACAUCUGAGACUGAAAUCGGAAUCAUAGUUUAAGGGCUGACUACUGCAGGGCUAAUUAGAGCUUUUACUGGCCGUUAACUUUAAAAACAAAGCAUGAAACAUGAGCGCAAGAAAAUCAUGCCUACAAAAUAUUGUUUUCCUGUAUCACCAUUUUCAUUACGUUAUAAUUUAUACAUAUAGUAAAACCAAGACCUGAUUAAAGCUUUAGCUUGAUAAUGAAUAUGCUGGUGUCCAAAAUGCAUUCAUUGGUAGCAUUCUUUUUUUUCUAGUCAAAGUUUAAAAUGACUCUCAGCCAUAAUAUUGAAUAGAAAACUGGCAUGCUGGUUUAUGUCUUUUGGUUGGAAAGUGGGACUUGUGGCUGAUGCCAUUAAGGGAUUUGGAGUGGUGAGCCUUUCUCAUUUAGUUGAUGAUCUCGCUGCUGUUUAAAUGCUACUCCAAAUGUGCAAAAAGUACUACAAAUAAUUGUCAGUCGAUUUCAAGAGUCAUUGUGCAAACACUACAUUAAAUGUGGUGAGUGCCUUUUGAAAAAAUUAAACAGUUGAAUGAUAAUCCAG